UUGCCUAUAGAUAAUUAUAUAUUCACAUCAUAUUUUUCUCUUUUUCUUCUCAUAACUCAAUUAAAAUAUUGACUGAUUUUUAAGAUGGCGCAAAAUGGUUCACUUGAAGAGUUUCUUGAUGUUGCAGUUGAAGCAGCUAAAAAAGCUGGAGAGAUAAUUCGCGAAGGAUUCUACAAGACUAAGCAUGUGGAGCACAAAGGAGUGGUGGAUUUAGUCACAGAGACUGAUAAGGCAUGUGAAGAUCUCAUUUUUAAUCAUCUCAAGCAACGUUUCCCCAGUCAUAAGUUCAUUGGUGAAGAAACAACUGCUGCUUGUGGAAAUUUUGAGCUGACUGAUGAACCAACUUGGAUAGUUGAUCCGCUUGAUGGAACCACUAACUUUGUGCAUGGGUUCCCUUUUGUCUGCGUAUCUAUCGGUCUCACAAUUGAGAAGAAACCAACGGUUGGUGUUGUUUACAACCCAAUUAUCGAUGAGCUUUUCACUGCAAUAGAUGGGAAAGGUGCUUUUCUCAACGGGAAGCCUAUCAAAGUAUCUUCACAGUCUGAACUCGUGAAGGCUCUUCUUGCUACGGAGGCUGGAACAAACCGGGAGAGGUUAACUGUAGAUGCUACUACAGGGAGAAUCAAUAGCUUGCUUUUCAAGGUUAGGUCCCUCCGGAUGUGUGGUUCUUGUGCAUUAAAUCUCUGUGGAGUGGCGUGUGGAAGGCUUGAUCUCUUCUACGAACUUGAAUUUGGUGGCCCUUGGGAUGUGGCAGGUGGUGCUGUGAUAGUGAAAGAAGCUGGUGGCUUCAUAUUUGAUCCAUCUGGUUCAGAAUUUGACCUCACAGCUCGACGGGUAGCUGCUACAAACGCUCAUCUCAACGACGCAUUUAUCAAGGCCUUGAAUGAAUAAGAAUGAGAAUCAUGGAAAAUGGAAAGAAGAUACUCAAGUUCUGACUCCAUCUUCAGGAUUCAAGCAUUAUUUAGCCUAGCAACGAUCAAGUCAUGCCAUUUACGGCUGAUUUUUAAUUAACUAGGCAAGUCUACUGUACUAUCCUUUUCAAUAUUCAAAGACCCGAUAAUGGUAUAUAUUUGAUUCUUUAGUCCUGGAAGGCCAUUUUCCGUCAAAGACAUCGAUUUGGUUGAUGGAUAGGGACUUCAGUGAUAAUAAUAGGACAUAUUUGGUUCUAUAUUAUAAGAAAGCUUCUUGUAAGGCCCAUUUCGUUUGUUUGAUAGAAAGGGACUUCAGUGGUAUAGCUUCA